AUGGCUGCGCACACUUCUGGAACAGUACAGGAAGAUGCUGCAAUAAGAGGGGGAGAUAAGCUCAUAUUAAGGGGCUUGAAGUUCCAUGGUUUUCAUGGAGUGAAGCCAGAAGAAAGGACGCUGGGUCAGAAAUUUGUGAUAGAUGUUGAUGCUUGGAUGGAUCUCCGGGAGGCUGGUAAAUCUGAUCGUUUGUCAGAUACCAUUAGUUACACCGAAAUUUAUCGCAUUGUAAAGGAAGUUGUAGAAGGGCCACCUCAUAAUCUUCUGGAGUCUGUGGCUCAACUCAUCGCAUCUACCACUCUGAAAAAUUAUCCCCAGAUAUCUGCUGUCUCUGUGAAAGUUGGGAAGCCGCAUGUCGCUGUUCAUGGUCCUCUUGACUACUUGGGUGUCGAGAUAUUUAGAUACAGAAGUGUUGAUGCGCCAAACUAA